UUUUUAACAAUCUUAAAAAUUAAUUGCAUUUACCAAUCGACAAUGCUUAAUACCUCUAGUACUACAACUGCGAAUGCCUCUUUGCCUACUAUGCAAGGGCCAACCGAAAAGUUGAAAUAUCCAUUGGUUUGUGUCACACCAUUUGGGACUAUUUCAAUCACCAUGGCGCAUAAUGUGAAUAUUGAAAUUAGUUUGGAUCGUUCUAUUCGUGUCGUAUGCUGGAAUAAGUUUGCGAUCUCAAGUACUCAUAAGGGCUCAAAGUCUGGGAUUCUCCAUCCAUUCGGGCACAUACUUCAGGAGGAAGAUAAAGUGUUCUGUUAUUUUUAUCCUGGCAAUGAUAGUAAUUUGGAGACGCCAACUAAAAGCGGCAUUGGAUUGCCAAAACCGAAUACUGAUACCAAUUGGAUUCGUACGAACCUGAGUAACCAUCCAAAAGUACCUGCUGAUUUUAUGGUUGGGAAUAUUGGUAUGCCAUUGAUUAAUGAUAAUGGAUUGGCUAAUACUCAAGAGGGAUCUGUUGUGAAUUUGGCGAAAAUGGCAAUUCUUGGUACUCAAGGCGUUCUUUUCUCCAUGUCUCAUUUGAAAGAUGCUUUUCUUGUUUCGGCUGCUGCCGCUCGUGGCACUUCUGCUCUCUCUAUGGAUCGUAUUCAAUUCCCAUCGUUGCGAUAUGAUUAUACUCUGCGCCAAUUUUAUGUUGACUCGCAAGUUUUUGGGUCCUAUAAUGAUUCGGCUGAAUAUCUUCCAAAAGUUUAUGCUUGCGAUGAUAUUGUUCACCGUGCAAGAUAUGAGGAGAAAAGUGGCAUGUUAUUUAGUGUCAGUAUUAAUGGUUUUCUGAUUCGUCAGAAGCUUGAUGGCGAUGUUGAAGUAUUUUGUCGUCCUCGCCAAAUUGUUUGUUCUCCAAGUCAGUCCACUAUCCAUCUUCGUGGGUCUAAUGUUGAAAUGGAAGUUCAGAGCGAUGAGAAAGCUUAUGUUAAGUGUGGAGCUAAGCGAGUUCACGUUUCGCGUAGUGGAAUGGUCGUUUCUGAUGGGAAUUGCACUACUUCGAUGGACCAUAUUGGGUUUGUUUCUUCUAUGAAAAUAUUCUUAAACGAUCAUCUCAAACCCCGGACAACAAGGAAAAUGUUGCCUUAA